AUGGCCCUUGUGGGCGCUGUCUACGCUGCUCCCUACGGUGGCGGCUACGGCGCCUCCAGCAGCGGCGGCUACGCUGUGCCUUCCUCUACUGAGACCAUCACCGUGCCGUACUCGAGCUCUAAGCCCUACGUGCCAUACUCGAGCUCCAAGCCCUACGUGCCAGAGGUCUCCAGCACCACUGAGGUCACCAUCACCUCGACUGUUGUCAUUCCUCCCAGCUCCACUCCUUACGUACCCGAGGCUUCCACUUACCCCGUGGUCCCUCCCGUCGUCACCUCGUCUGUACCCGUCCCGGAGGUCUCCACCUACCCAGUCGUCCCUCCCGUCGUCACCUCGUCUGUACCUGUCCCGGAGGUUUCCACCUACCCAGUCAUCCCUCCUGUCAUUACCGAGUCGGUGCCCGUACCGGAGGUUUCCACCUACCCUGUGAUCCCUCCCGUCGUCACCUCCUCCGUGCCCAUCCCCCCUGUUAUCACUGAGUCUUUGCCCAUCCCUGAGACUUCCACUCCCGUCGUCCCCGAGGCGUCUUCCUCCGGAUACGCCGUUCCCCCUCCUGUUAUCACUGAGUCUGUCCCCAUCCCGGAGACUUCCACUCCCGUCGUCCCCGAGGCGUCUUCCUCCGGAUACGCCCCUCCUCCUCCUGCUGAGGAGACCACCACUGUCGUUGUCCCCCCUGCCUCCUCCCACGCCUCCACACCCGUCGGUACCGCCUCAUCAUCCAUUGGACACGCCUCAUCCGCUACCUCCCCCGGCUACCCUGAGUACACUGGCGCUGCUAGCUCCACCAAGCCCCUCGCUGCCUUCAUGGCCGGUGCUGCCGCUCUCGCUUACUUCGUCUAA